GCCUUCUUGGUUUGUAGCUCACACUGUUAACAUGAGAGAAGUUUAGUCGUACGCUAUAAAGCAAGCAUUUUGCGCUGCAUCCCAAUCGUAGACCUCUGAACCUCGCCCAAUCAUAUUGACAGUCUAAUUGAACAACAAAACUUCGAGUUGGAAUAGCUCUGAACUUCUUGUAGUUCAAAUCUUCUUCGACUUGGAUAUCGAUUAAAUAGCGAACAUGGUUGUUAUAUCAAAGAGAGUGAAGACCUUCGAGGUUAUUUUCAGCGAUCCUAGCAAGACUUUUUACUGCAGUGGAGACAAAGUAGCCGGGAAGAUCCUGGUGGAAGUAGCUGAGGUGACGAGAGUCUCGGCUAUGAAAGUGCUCGGAGUUGGAUGCGCAAAAGUGGAAUAUGCCAAAGGAAAGCAGAAAUGCCGAGAGAAGAAUGAGUACUUGAGAUACGAAGAGGUUGUUCAACUUGAUGACCAGCCAGCUGAUCAUGAUGGCUCAGUUAUCCUUAGACCUGGCAACAAGUAUGAGUACAUGUUUGGAUUUGAGCUUCCCCAGCAAGGGCAGAUUGUGUCUUCCUACAAGGGCAAGUUUGGCUAUGUCCAAUACUACGUCAAGGCCUUUAUGGAGAGACCUGCUCAGCCUGCCCUGGAGUGCAAGAAACACUUUGAGGUGGAGGAGCCCCUGGAUGUGAACACACCAGAUCUGUUGUCUCCUACAGGUGGCAUGAAGGAGAAGAAGGUCACCUGCAUGUUCAUUCCUGAUGGCCAGGUAUCCCUGAAUGCCAAGAUUGACCGCAAGGGGUUCUGUGAGGGUGAAGACAUCUGCAUCUGCGCCAAGUUUGAGAACACCUGCUCACGGAUUGUGGUCCCCAAGGCAGCCAUAAUCUCCAAGCACACCUACCAGGCCAAUGGCAGGACCAAGGUCUUCCGGCAGAAGCUCUCCUCUGUGCGCGGCAACCACAUCAUCUCCGGCAUGUGCGACGCCUGGCAGGGAAAGACCAUCCGGGUGCCCAAGAUCAAGCCCUCUAUGCUGGGCUGCAACAUCAUCCGUGUAGAGUACGCCCUCAUGAUCUACAUGCACAUCCCAGGCAGCGAAAAGCUGAUCCUGGAGCUGCCGCUGGUCAUCGGCACAGCCGGCCUGGGAAGCCGCACCAACAGCAUGAGCAGCACAGAUGGCUCGGUCAGCAACGCCUCAGCCAGCUGGGUGUCCCUGCGCAUGCCUUCUGCUCCCCCCAGCUACUGUGACGUCACACGUGACUGCCGCCUGGACCAGCCCCUCACGCCCCUUCUGAAUGACUACGAUGGUGACGACAGCCCCAUCUUCAUGCACGCCUCUGCGUUCCAGUUCCCGAACCUGCCUGCCUACUCUGAGGUUGAUGAGGAGUUCAGUGGCAACGCUCACAUGCUGCAGGUCUGCUGAACUACCUUGUAGCUUCCAGAACUCUGGUCCAUUGCAUAAGGGCCACUUUCGGCACUUAGCUCAAUUGAGUAGAGGAGCCAAACUACUUAUGGAGAAGUGUUGGGCGGACUUUGAGAAGUGAUGUGGCGGAUAUCGGAGCUGGCCCUGCAUCGAGAAUGGAAGAGGAUGUGAAGGGCAAGAAGCUGAAGAGUUCUUGUGCCUGCGCUGUCGGCAAUCUUUGCUGCGCCAUCUAAGCUGAUCUUGUUCUGUUGCUGUUCCGGUUUCUGAACGUGCCACUGCAGACCUUGUGGUUUGAGAUGUCUUGUCCAUUAGUUUCCCACCGGGGCCAAUCACACGUUGACAAGUCCCCAACUGAUUAUGAAUAAGCUCUUUGCUUGUUGGAUGUCAUAAGGUGAAUGCACCAAUUUGUAAGCCGCUCUGGAUAAGAGUGUCUGCUAAAUGACGUAAAUGUAGUGUGUAGUCAAUUCUUAUAAUUCCUGUAUUUCAUGAAAAUUGGGAUUUCAUCUGAGCAACCAUAUUUUGUUUAUUUCUAAAAUGAAAGUAAGCUAUUUUAUUAUAGAGUUUGUUUGACAGACUGAUGUUAAGAGAAUAUUUGUUGCUUUUGAUAAUUGCGACAUGUUGAGAGAUAUAUAUUCUCCCAAGACAAUCGUGCCGAGUCCAUAUAUUUUUCUGUACCAGUGUUUUUGAAAAUGUGCACAUGCUAUCAGACGUUGAUAUGUGAAUAUUAUUGUCAACAUAUUUGGUUUCUCCUAGACAGUGUUGCACUGUGGGAUGCCUAAGCAGGCCCUCAACUGAAUGACUAAGACUGAUCUGUGAGAACACAUAUGCAAUGCAUCUUUUAUAUUUUGUGCAGAUCAUAAAUGAAAAGUUUUUUUUUUUUUGUGAGACCCUAUGGGUUAGUAUCUCUAUUAAUAAAAAGUUGUAAUUAA